AUGACCGCCUCCACCGCCCAUUCCCUGGCCUUCAGUCCAGAAGAGGCGCAGAGGAUUGUGGGUCGUCUGCAGCAGCCCGCCGUCUUCAUCAACAUGACGCACGGCUGGCCUGUGCUGAACUGGACUGCUAAGAACUUGUGUGAACGUCUCGGAGACAGAAACAUUCGAUUCCGGCUGGGGAGAAAGGAGGAAACAAAUGAGCCUCAAUUUGAAACUCAGUGCCGCUAUGUGGAAGCUACCAUGCGACACUUCCUCAGAUGGGUGAACGGUGAGACAGGAGAUGACCUAGGUUCUUUCUCUGAAUACCCCUGCUCUCAGUUUUGGGCCUAUGCUGACUAUAAGUACAUCGCCAGGAUGUUUGCACACCAGCCAGAUGUGUUUGAGGAAGUAAAAUGGGAGGCAUUCGGGUUCGAGGGCCGCAACGGAAAAGACAGCACGCUGUGGAUCGGCACAGAGGGCGCCAACACGCCAUGCCAUAUGGACUCUUACGGAUUCAACCUUGUGCUGCAGGUAGAAGGACGAAAACGCUGGCACUUGUUCCCGCCGGAAGACACGUCCAAGCUGUACCCAAGCAGGAUCCCGUAUGAGGAGUCCAGUGUCUUCAGCCACGUCAACGUGUCACGUCCAGACCUGGCCAGAUUUCCCGCUUUCCGGCAUGCUGCCGCACAUGUCGUCACGCUGCUACCAGGACAGGUUCUGUAUGUGCCCAGACACUGGUGGCACUUUGUGGAGUCUGUGGACACCAUCACCGUUAGCGUCAACACCUGGAUCGAACUGGACGAAGACCACGUGGCACGCGUAGGCGAAGCUGUGACCAGAACGUUGUUGUUCGCCUUGAAGACUGCACAGGGCGACGACCGUGUGGAGAGCUGGCUCAACCCGACUGAGGAGGGCGUGACAUCCCAUAAUGACAACAUACAUUACAUCAACUUGGCUCUGCGUGCCUGCGCCCAGCAACAGAUGACCAAACCAAAGUCGGACUCCAAAGACACAGCUCACCCGAAAAAGCGUGACUCAGUAGGACAGAUUCGAAGCAAUGUCCCCUUCGGACCAUGUCUUCUUCCUGUCCCACGCGUUCCUGGACCUUUCCAAGAUGGCGACGUUGCUCACCGAACGCCUGACGAGUCGUCUCUUGGCACAGACGACCUCCUGGAUUGUCUGCUGCACCCAAACGUGGUCACCAUGGUGACCCAGCUCCUGUUGGACAAGACCACCUAUUCACCCCGAGAAUAG